GAAGAUGUGUGAGUUUCGUUUCCGAGUGACCUACUUAGCUUUUAGCAUCAGUUAUUAAUCGUUAUGUACAACAAUGGAAUUAGCCUUUCUAAGUUUAGCUGUGUUUUUUUCUGAUUGUUAGUGUCUGAUUUUUCACCCAAGAAGCGAUACGACACAAAGGAGCGUUGCUAGCUUAAGGCGUAGCUAGAUAGACGAGCCGUUGUUAGCAUCUUUGAUUUAGCUAGGCUCGCUGCGAUUGAAAUGAGUUGUCAAACAUUAGCUGCGUUGUAAAUUCUCUGUUAGUAUUCGCUGGGUAGCUGAUUUAUCGAUUGCUAGCUGCUUACGUGAACACAUUUAGCUAUCUUGGCUUAGCUAGGUUCACUCUUGCAGCCCCCUUGGAUGUUCAGUGUGUCAGGAAGUGACUCUUCAGCCCCAUGUCUGCUGAGGCUUCAGUAGGCAGUCAUGCUGCUGACCCGGCUGAAUCUGCUGUUUCCCAGCCUGCCUUCCACAACACAGAUGAGCUCAGAAAUCGGGGUCUGCUGGGGAGCAAGUAUGUCAAGUUAAAUGUGGGUGGCUCGCUGCAUUAUACAACUGUUCAGACAUUAAGCAAGGAAGACAGUCUGUUGCGGAGCAUAUGCAAUGGAGGAACAGAGGUUUCCAUAGACUCAGAAGGUUGGGUAGUUUUGGAUAGAAGUGGCCGACAUUUUGGACUGGUUCUGAACUUCCUGCGAGAUGGCUCAGUACCACUUCCAGAGGAUCACAGAGAGCUGGAUGAGGUUCUUAAGGAGGCCCAAUACUAUCAGGUCCAGGGGCUUGUCCAGCACUGCCUCAGUGCCAUGCAGAAACAAAAGGAUGUCUUUGAAACUGUGUGUCGCAUCCCUAUGAUCACCUCAGCCAAAGAAGAACAGAAGAUGAUUGCUACGUGUAGAAAGCCAGUAGUAAAAUUGCAGAACAACAGAGGAAACAACAAAUACUCUUACACCAGCAACUCUGAUGACAACCUGCUGAAGAACAUUGAACUGUUUGACAAACUUGUGCUGCGAUUUAACGGCCGCGUCCUGUUUGUCAAAGAUGUGCUUGGGGACGAGAUCUGCUGUUGGUCUUUCUAUGGUGAAGGCCGCAAGAUUGCUGAAGUAUGCUGCACUUCUAUUGUCUACGCCACAGAGAAGAAGCAGACAAAAGUUGAGUUUCCUGAGGCUCGAAUCUUUGAAGAAACCCUCAACAUCCUCAUUUAUGAGAAUGGCAGAGGAUCUGGUCCGGGAGGCUUACACCUUUUAGACUCAAGAGGCUCAGGUUCUUCACUGGGAGCUGAGGAAGAGGGUGCUGCAGGAGGUGACAGGCGAGUAAGACGGAUCCACGUAAGGAGGCAUAUAAUGCAUGAUGAAAGAGGGCACGGUCAGCAAACUGUGUAUAAGGACUAAUAAUGUGAAAACGUAAGGCGUGGGAGAGUGAGUUUAUGUGUGGUCAUUUUUUUGUUUGGAUAAUAGCAGAAUGAAAGAUGUCCUUGAUCAUAGCAAUAGCUCGGUAAGUAGUUAUUUCAUUAAAUGUCUUCAGAUGUCACUGCACAGAAACGUAGGAGUUGAUGACUGAUCUGUAACUGAAGUAAGAGUCGUGAAAAAUGCUUCUGUUUACAAGAAAACCAAUUGUGUACAUUAUUUAAAUAGGAAAUGUGUAAAAAUGGCCUGGGACAUGAAACUGGCAUAAAUAUAACUUUGCUAAUGUUAAAGAACUUCCUGCAAGUUACUGAAUGGGCCUAAAAGCCCACUGCACCUGUUGAUGUGGGUGUUAAUGAUAUGCACUGGCACUCUCCUCUUUGUUUGACUUAUAGGAAACACUGUCAGUCUGUUUAUUCAGGUUGUAAAACAUCUGUUGCCUUUUCAUAAGUUGGACUGAUAUGCUGCCCGACAGCGACGAACAGAGGAUGGUCAAGUUUAGCCUAGAUAUGUUAACACUGGAAUAAAACUGAGUAGCCAUUUUUAGGGAGGUUGUCUUUGAAUGAGAUUGUUGAGCAGCUCCAUUUUCUUUAUUUAAAUUAUUACUGCUGUUGCUUCAAGAUGUUUUUAUUAAUUUAUGAACCUAAUUUAUUGUUUGGUAUUUAACUUUUGUAUUGUAUGCAAUCUUUGUGUUAAUUAGUGCUCAAGUGAGUUUUAAUUUUUGGAAUGAUAUGAUGCACUCUAUAGCACACACACCAGAUUUUGACUUUGCUCCUGUAAAUGACUAAAUAGUGAACUUACAUUUCUGUUUAAUGUUUCAAGAGGAACCAUGACCAUUUCUUUGAUAUAAUUGUCUUCUUUUCUGAGCCAUGAUCUUUCACUUUCGCUUAAUGUCUUAUACCAAACCACUUAAAUUUGCUCAGUUUAAUUGGCCUUACAGUGAUGAUGAAGGUAAUAAUACUGGUUUGUAUUUUUAUUUCCCUCAGGGAGAGCAUAAGCAUUUUCUUUCUGAGGUUCACCAGUGUUUUGUGUAAACCUAAUCACUCUGAAGACUGAACAAAACAUUGAAUGAGAGCAAUAUGUAUCUCAGACCCUUUAUAAAAUCACCUUGGAAUACCUUAAAAUAUGCACUAAUAUGACUUCCGUCCAACAGUGGUCAUGGGAAUGUUCUGAAUAAAUUACUUAUGAAAUUCAA